AUGGCUAGACUUGUCCUGGUUUUGUUUAUUGUUGUUGGGAUCUUGGUGUUGCAAGCGGUGGCUGAGAAAUCUGAGGUGAACCCAUCUGUAGUCAAGUCUCAGAGCGAGGAUGAACCAGCUGGAAUAUCAGAUCAACCUGCUUCAAGUCCCUCAAAGUCAUCAUCUGAUGAGUCUACAGCAGCUGAGGCUCCGGAGAUCAGACGGAUGGGAAAGCAUCAUUCAUCUGAUAAGUCAGUGGCUGGUGGCGGAGUCAUCAUUGGCGGGCUUGUCACUGCUAUUUUUGCGGCUGUUUUUUGCUACAUCAGAGUAACUAGAAGAAAUAAUGGUGCUAAGUGA